UGGCCCAUCCAGGUCUGCUAAAGAGUCGAAUUAUCGGGGGUCAUGAAGCUGUACCCCAUUCUAGACCAUACAUGGCAGCCCUGAAGUCAGAAGGUUCUUUCAUGUGUGGAGGGUUUCUAGUGGCUCCCCAGUGGGUAAUGACCGCAGCGCACUGCAUGGAUGAAUUUACUGUGGUGUUGGGGGCACAUGACCUCUAUGCUUUUGAGGAAAGUCAGCAAGUGCUGGGCGUCGAAUCAUACCAUAUUCAUCCUGAGUAUAAUGACAUGACAGCCACACACGAUAUCCUUUUGCUAAAGCUGAAUCACCCAGCGAAGCUCAACAAAUACGUCCAAGUCAUCCCAUUGCCUCGGUCAACGAGUGACCUCUCGGAUGGGACCCUGUGCACUACUUCAGGCUGGGGAAUGAUUGACAGAUUAGUCAGGUCAUAUAAACUCUACGAAACCAACAUCACCAUCUACAACCGCCGGAAAUGCAUGAAAUUCUACCCAGAACUUGACAACGCCAUGAUCUGUGCUGGGAGCUUCAAUCAGCUCCGAGAUACGAGCCAGGGGGACUCCGGAGGCCCUAUGGUGUGCAACGGCAUCGUGCACGGCAUCGUUUCCUUUGGCAAUCGCUUCCCACCGGGUGUUUACUCCCGCAUAGCCGACUUUCUUCCUUGGAUCAGGCACGUUAUGGGAUCGGAGGCUUGAGACCAAGACGCCAGAGCUCUUCUUUCUCAAAAGCUUUCGCUUGCUGAGCGGCAGGCCUCGCGUUUUCUAGCCCUGCCCUUUUCCGCUUGCGCAAAAAAUAAAGAAAUGCAGCAACACAUGUGACUGAAUGGAA